AUGCCAUCUGUACAAGAACUCGAACGUCAACGAUUGGCAGCCAUGUAUGGAGGAGGAAAUGAAGAAGAUGAUCAUGAAUCCUCUUCAGAAGAAGAAGAAGAUGCCAACCACAAGAACACUUCUUCUCAACAACAACAACAACCACAAGGAACACCACCAACCACCACCACCUCUUCCACAACAAACAACACUUCCACCAACAACGCCAAUAAUCGAUCUGCUCAACGUAAACAAUUGUUUGGAGGUGCCAUGAAGAAUGCCAUGAAAAAGUUGACCAUUUCUUCUUCAGACAAGACAAAACAUUCAACAGAUUCAAAUUCGACAAGUGCUCUGAAUUCUUCUGCUCCACCAAAAUUCUCGACAGCCAUUCGUGUCUUACGUUCAGUCAAGGAGAUGCACUCUCGUGUCUCCAUUUUGGUAGAAGAUCAAUCUCAGACUGCCAAAAUGGAUUUGGAAAAGGCACUUGAAACUCCUGAUAUUAUUAUGAAUCAGGAUGAUUUGUUUGAAGGAGCAGGAGAGAAGGCUGGUCUUCAAAUUUGGCAUCUCGUCAAGAUGAUUCCAAUUGCUGUUCCUGAAGAAGAAUUUGGUACAUUCAAUUCUUCAGAUUGUUAUGUUUUGUGUUACACUUUUGAAGCUCAAGACGAUGACACACGUUUGAGAAAGAUUCAUUAUUGGGUUGGAAAGAAUGCAAAUGUGAUGAAACAAGCAGUUUGUGCAUUUCUAUCCAAUGAAUUGGCCAAUCGUAUUUCAGCUUCUCUCUAUCGUGAAGAAGAACGUGAAGAGAGUGAAGACUUUUUGGAAUAUUUCGAUCAUCACAUUGAAUAUAGAGAUGCUUGUGCCACUCAGGAUUCUCUUCUCAAAAUUCCACACCGUGAAUUUGUUCCACGUUUGAUGAAGGUCGAUGCCGAUCACAAACGACGUCUCUUAGUGAAACGUGUGCAUUUAUCCAAAGCACAAAUCGAGUCACCUCAAUCGGUGAAGGAUGUUUUUAUUUUAGAAAAUGAAGAACAUGUCUAUGUUUGGAUUGGAAGUGAAGCAAGUAAAACAGAACAAUUGAAGGGAGUCGAUGUGGCACGUAAUAUCAUUCAUGACGAUCGUCGAGGUAAAGGACAAGUGGAAAUUAUUUAUCAGCAACAACAACAACAGAAUGAUUCAAUGGUGGAGACUCUUCCAGCUGAUUUUCUUGCCACUUUUGAACAGUAUGGAAACUCUCAUGCUAAAUCAGAUGCUUCUCAAGAUGCUGCCACUCUUUUUAGAGUCUCAGUCUUGUCAGUGGAAGAUAAGAAAUUUGAUAUCCAAAAGAUUGCUGCUGGAGAGUUGAAACGUGACAUGUUGGAUGAAGAAUCUGUCUACUUGCUAGAAACAAAGAAUGAAAUUUACUUGUGGUUUGGUAAAAAGUCAAAAUUUGUAGAUCGAAAGUGUGCAGAAACUUUGGCAACCACCAUUCAAAAUUCUUCUCCUGACAUUUUAGAAAUUCACAGUUGUUUCUCUGGAAAUGAACCUGUCUUGUUCAGAGAGAGAUUUUUACAUGGUUUUUAUUGGUAUGAUACUCCCGAGGUCUUUGAAAAGAAGAGAAGAGAAUUGGCUGACAUUUGUGACGAUGAAUUUGAUUCCAAUCAAAAUCUUGACAUUCGAUUGGAAGAUUUUAAUUAUAAGGAAAAACUUGAUUAUGUGGAUGCCGAUGAUGAAGGUACAGGAACUGUUCAAAUUUGGAGAGUUGUGGAUGCCAAUUAUGCAGAACCAGUUCCUGAGGAAGAAUUGGGUAAUUUCUACUCUGAAGAUUGUUAUUUGAUUUUAUACGAAUGGAAUCGUUCCGAUCUCUUCAAUGAUCAAGAAGAAGAAGAAGAAGAAACAGCCCAUGCCCAUUCACAAGAGGAGGAAGAAGAAGAAGAAUUGCCACCAGAAUCUUAUCCUGAACCCAAAUAUAAGGGUUAUGAAAGUGAUGACUCUGAUUCAUUGGAAGCAAGAAUGAAAUUAAUUGAUGGCAUGGGUGUCAAAGUCACAGAAGUCACUGAAGCACCUGAAGAAAAGCCAAAGAAAAAGUAUGAAAUUAAGAAACCUCAAGAAAAGGAACAAGAAGAAGAGCAAGAAGAACCACAACUUAUUGUGAAACCACUCAACAUCAAAAAGAAGAAGAUUUUCUACUUACCAAGAAGAAUUCUCUACUGUUGGGAAGGUGCUGACUCUCAACAAACCGUCAGUGCUCGUAUUCUCAAGAGAAAUUUCCAAAAUUUUGCAUCCGAUCCAAUCAAUCCAGCAAAAAUUGUCACACAAAAGGAAGGAAAGGAGAAUGAUCACUUUAUGAAGAUUUUUGAACACAUUAUGGUCAUUCAUAAAGGUAGCAUGACCAAUAAGCGUGCUGCUACUUCACUUUAUAGAAUUUAUUGUAAGACUGUGAGAAAUUCUAAAGCAGUUCAAGUCGAAAAGAAGAGAAGUAAUUUGAACUCGAAUGAUGUGUUCAUCUUGUUGGGUCCAAAAACUGCCUAUUUGUGGAUUGGUGUCUAUUCGAGUGGUAAAAAGAAGGAAAUUGCUUUCAAACUUGCUCAAUCUCUCAUUGGAAACAGAGAAGUCUCUGCCGUUGAUGAAGGAUUCGAACCAGAAGAAUUCUGGGAUCUCUUCACUCAAACCGAUAAUCAAGUCUCUCCCUAUGUGACUGAAAAAUUGAAUUAUGCUCAAGGUGUCGUAUUCGAAUGUACCAUCAUUAAUGACAACACAUUCCGAGUGAUGAAUGUGGGUGAAAUUGGACAACAAUUCCUUCAACAAGAUUUGAACAAUUCACAUCAAAUUCUCAUUGUCGAUUACACAGAGGUGAUAUUUGUUUGGUAUCCUUCCACUCCUUCAAGUGCUCAAAGAGAAUUGGCACUCAAAGCAGUUGCUUACAUUCUCAAAGAGGAUUUAUCUGAAGAAAUUGAAGAGGAUGAAAAGAUGAAACAGAAUCAUGAUGAAUCACAAGAGGAUGAAGAGGAACAUGAUUUCACAAUUAAUAACAAGACCAAACAAUUUUUAAACAAAUUCGAAGGAGAAGAUACAAAUCCAGAAAUUCCACGUUUUCCAAGAUCCAUCUCGAUUUAUGAAGUCGAACGAGGAAUGGAACCAGAUGAAUUCAAAAGUGGUUUCCCAGUGUGGAGAGAAGAGAAACACUAUGUCGAUCAAUUUGAAGAUUCUCUUAAAAAAGAAAGAGAAAGUGAAAGCAAAUUAAUUGCAAAAUCUUUACCAUUCCUUCAAUUGAUUAGAGAAAAGUAUCCUUUCCUCAUUACCAAUGAUGAAUUUGUUAAUGUACACAACAUGGUUCAUAUUAUCAAAUUGGCUCGAUUGUGUAAAAACAAUUACAACAUGUUAAUUGGAAAUCUUGAACAAUUAGAAGAAGAGUAUAAGGAUGUGAUUUACUUUGGUGAACAUUUUGAGGCAUUUGCAAGUGAUUUAUUCAAGUUUAUGGUGACCAAUAAGAUUCAAUAA